AUGGCCGAUUACCUGUUCAUGGUUGGUAGCCAAGGAGCCAGGAUCUUGCCAAGUCAACGACAGAACAAGAAUGCUGUGCAGACCAGAACGAGAAUCAGCCUUGGCAGCUGA